GUAACAGUACAGAUUUUGGCACUUGCAGAAAUGUUAUCACCACCGGACGGACCUAUUAAUAGUUGGAGACACUAGUGAAAGAGGGGGUUUGGUGGGGCCGUUAUCUCUGACCGAUGGUCAAAACGUGGCAAAAAGUUUUGCGGUGAAAAGUGGUAACGGAAUUUUAUGGAUAGUGAUCUGCAACGACGACAACGCCAAUCAUGAGGGUGCAAAGAAUCUUCCGUCAGUUCAAACAUUCCGCUUAUCGCAAGAUCCGCCAGGCCACCAUCGGCGACUGGCUGCUGAAGGUGCUUUUUGUCCUAUCAUGCUCACUCAUCACGGUGGUACUCAUCAUUCAGAAGUACCACAGCCUGUCCAACUUCAAGAAGACUCUCUACUACCGAUACAUAAGCGACGAACCCUUCUUCGACGGCAGCCCACGAAAUGUGGAAGGACUCCGCGUGGAUUGGCAUGACUACGCGUUAAUUGCCAGUGAGACAGAACGACACGGCCCGGGGGAACACGGGAAGCCGCUGAAGCUGCGAGAACCGGGCGAUAUCAAGCUGAACGAUAAGCUGUACAAGGAGAACGGAUACUCGGCGGUGGUCAGCGACUUGAUCGCGCUGAACCGGUCGAUUCCGGACAUUCGACACCCGCAGUGUCGAAAGAAACGGUACCUCCAGGAACUGCCAACGGUUAGUGUGAUCAUCAUCUUCUACAACGAGCACUGGAGUGCUCUACUGAGGACAGUUUACAGCGUCCUGAACCGAUCACCGCCACAUCUACUUAAGGAGAUCAUCUUGGUGAAUGAUCAUAGCACGAAACCUUUCCUCUGGAAACCUCUGCAGGAAUUCGUCGAAAGCGAACUUAGUCCAAAGGUCAAGCUGAUCCACUUACCGGAACGAUCAGGCCUGAUCAUUGCCCGGCUGGCCGGUGCCAAAGCUGCCAGCGGAGAUGUACUGAUCGUGCUUGACUCGCACACCGAAGUUAAUGUCAACUGGUUACCUCCACUACUAGAUCCCAUCGCCCAGGACUACCGCACCUGCGUCUGCCCGCUGAUCGACGUGAUCGUGCACGACACCUUCGAGUAUCGAUCCCAGGACGAGGGCAAACGGGGCGCCUUCGACUGGAAGUUCUACUACAAGCGACUACCGUUGCGCCCGGGCGAUCUGGACGACCCAACCGAACCCUUCGAAAGUCCGAUCAUGGCCGGCGGCCUGUUCGCGAUCAGUUCCAAGUUCUUCUGGGAGCUGGGCGGGUACGACGAGGGGCUGGACAUCUGGGGCGGUGAGCAGUACGAGCUGAGCUUCAAGAUCUGGCAGUGCGGUGGACGGAUGGUGGACGCACCGUGUUCGCGGGUUGGUCACGUCUACCGGGGGUACUCGCCGUUCCCGAACCCUCGCGGGGUCAACUUCGUCACCAGAAACUUCAAACGGGUCGCCGAGGUCUGGAUGGACGAGUACAAGCAGUUCCUGUACGAACGGAACCCGCAGUUUGACAAAACGAACCCGGGAGAUCUCACCAAGCAGAAAGCCCUACGGGAGAAGCUCAAAUGUAAACCGUUCAAGUGGUUCCUCGAAGAAGUGGCUCCCGAUCUGCUUGUGCGCUACCCCUUGCGAGAACCUCUCCCGUUCGCUUCCGGACGUGUUCAGAGCGUCGCAAAUCCAAAGCUCUGCUUGGACACGCUCAACCACAAAGCGAAGGAACCAAUCGGUGUGUUUGGAUGCGCGCCGAACAAGACGCAUCCCCAGAACAACCAGUUCUUCACUUUGACCUACUACCGAGACAUCCGGGCAGCGAGCGUCGAAAAGUGCCUGGACGCUUCGAGUGACGAUGCCGAGGUCAUCCUCUUCAACUGCCACGAGUCGCAGGGUAAUCAGCUGUGGAGAUACGAUCAGGAGACUCAGAUGAUCAUGCACGGAAAACCCAGCCGAGAUCAGUGUCUGGAUCUGGUGGGCAAAAAGGUGGUCGUAUCGAAAUGUGAUAACCGGAAGAAGACGCAACGGUGGGAUUGGGGCUACGUCAAUCGGGAAAAUUUGGACAACUGGGAAGAGUACGGUGCAAAGUUACUGCCGUGAAGUGGAGUUGGUUUAGUACGAACAAACGAUUUUAUGUGAAUAGAUUUCUUUAUCCUUUCUAGAGACUGCUUAGCGAACGCUGAAGAUGUACAAAUAAAGCAAUAUUUUGUAAAUAUACAA